AGCGAACCAGGGGCGCCGGUGUCUGGGGGUCGCCGAGCCCGGGAGCAUGAUCGUGGACAAGCUGUUGGACGACAGCUGCGGCGGAGACGGGCUGCUAGACGCGACCGGCGACUGCGGCCUCAUGACCAGCCCGCUCAACCUGGCGUAUUUCUAUGGCGCUUCGCCGCCCGCUGCCGCUCCGGGCGCCUGCGACGCCAGCUGCUCGUCGUCGGGUCCCUCCGCGCCGGGCUCGCCCGGCUCCGGCUCCGACUCCUCCGACUUCUCCGCCUCUUCCGUGUCCUCCUGCGGGGCCGUCGAGUCCCGGCCCAGAGGCGGCGCCCGCGCCGAGCGCCUGCAAGUUGAGCCCCAUAUGGGGGUUGGCAGGCAACAGAAAGGACCCUUUCAAGGUGUUCGCGUGAAAAAUUCAGUGAAGGAACUCCUGUUGCACAUCCGAAGUCAUAAACAGAAGGCUUCUGGCCAAGCUGUGGAUGAUUUUAAGGCACAAGGUGUGAACAUAGAGCAGUUCACAGAAUUAAAGAACACAGUAUCAUAUAGUGGGAAAAGGAAAGGGCCUGAUUCAUUGCCUGAUGGACCAGCUUGCAAGAGGCCAACUCUGCAUACUCCAUUUUUGAUACCACCUCAAACACCAACGCCCGGGGAGAGCAUGGAAGAUAUUCUUCACAAUGAACCCAAACAGGACAGCAGUGCCAAUCUGCUUCAGAACAUUAUGAACAUUAAGAAUGAAUGCAGCCCAGUUUCCCUGAACACAGUCCAAGUUAGCUGGAUGAGCCCUGGGGGUGUUUCUCAGAGCUCCCCCCGAGAGCAGUGUCAGGACUUCCACGGAGGGCAGGUCUUCUCUCCACCUCAGAAAUAUCAGCCAUUCCAAGUCAGUGGCUCCCCACAAGUGAUGGACCAGACUUCUGUGUACCAGUGUUCUCCACAGAACCAGAAUGUAGAGCCGCAGCAGCACUACUCCCACAACCCCACUCUGGAGUACAGUCCUUAUUCCAGAACUUCCCAGUCUCCCAACUAUGAACCAAUCUUGUUUGAUGGUCAAUCAUCACAGUUUUGCCCAAACCAAAGUUUUGCUUCCCUUCUAAGUAGUCAUGGGCAAUCUGACAAUAUUACUAAUCCCAUCCAGACUUCUUCCAGCAUUCAGCAACAAAAUGAUGCUCAUCUACAGAGCUUCAGCAUGAUGCCCAGCAGUGCCUGUGAGGCCACAGGGGGCCAUGAUAUGGCCUCCACCUCUUUAAAUACUUCGCUGCCCUUCCAAAACCUCAUUGGAAAUACAAUGAACACCACACAGUUAGGGAAAUCAUUUUUUCAGUGGCAAGUAGAACAGGAAGAAAGCAAAUUGGCAAAUAUUUCCCAAGACCAGUUUCUUUCAAAGGAUGCCGAUGGUGACACCUUCCUUCACAUUGCUGUUGCCCAAGGGAGAAGGGCACUUUCCUAUGUUCUUGCAAGAAAGAUGAAUGCUCUUCACAUGCUAGAUAUUAAAGAGCACAAUGGACAGAGUGCCUUUCAGGUGGCAGUGGCUGCCAAUCAGCAUCUCAUUGUACAGGAUCUGGUGAACCUUGGGGCCCAGGUGAACACCACGGACUGCUGGGGAAGGACACCUCUGCACGUCUGUGCUGAGAAGGGCCACUCCCAGGUGCUUCAGGCAAUUCAGAAGGGAGCAAUGAGGAGCAAUCAGUUUGUGGAUCUUGAGGCAACUAACUAUGAUGGCCUGACGCCCCUUCAUUGUGCAGUUAUAGCUCACAAUGCUGUGGUGCAUGAACUCCAGAGAAAUCAACAGCCUCAUUCACCGGAAGUUCAGGAGCUUUUACUGAAGAAUAAGAGUCUGGUUGAUACCAUUAAGUGUCUGAUUCAAAUGGGAGCAGCAGUGGAAGCAAAGGAUCGUAAAAGUGGCCGCACAGCCCUGCAUUUGGCAGCCGAAGAAGCAAAUUUGGAACUCAUUCGUCUCUUUUUGGAGCUGCCCAGUUGCUUGUCUUUCGUGAAUGCAAAGGCAUACAAUGGAAACACUGCCCUCCACGUUGCUGCCAGCCUGCAGUACCGGGUGACACAGUUGGAUGCAGUCCGCCUGUUGAUGAGGAAGGGAGCAGACCCAAGUACUCGGAACUUGGAGAAUGAACAGCCAGUGCAUUUGGUUCCUGAUGGCCCUGUGGGAGAACAGGUGAGGGUCCCAGGAGGCAGACGAAGUACUUGUAGGCGCUCUCUUCUGAUGGGUGAAGGCAGAGGCCAUCAUGCAGGAUGAAGGUGGCUGGUGCUUUUUGUGGGGGCUCCCUUGGUGUCUGGGUCUCACACUAGUUAUCAUAGCACUUUGUAGCUAAUCACUUUGUUGCCGAAGGAAACAUAAGAAAUUUGAGGGUCUACCUGUGGAUCCUAAAUGGUCAGUGUUCAAGUAAUCUUCUCUUCCAUGACUCAAACUUGGGUUUAGAGUAAGUUAGAAUGGUUUGACCUUUGGAAGCUGAUGAAGGAGGAUGUACCAGAGUUCCUGUAGAUACCAAGGAGGGAGAGCCAUGGUUUUAUAAGGUAUGAGCCACCAAAUACUGUGGCUAUUAAAUGGGUUCCCAUGUGUAAAGUGUUCGGGUUAAUCCCAGGCACAUAGUAAGCGCUCAGUGAACACUCACUGUUACACUUACUUUUAUCUGCUAAGUGACACUGAACGAGAAAUGAAAAAGUUAUUUAUGUAAUUUGGAAUCCAUAGGUACUUUAUAUGUUAAAUAGAAUUAUGCUUUACUCAUUAAUAUAGUUAUAUAUUGUCACUGAGGAUUAAAUAGUUUCAUGAGAGAACUUUUCUAGUUAAUAAGUACUUACUCUUUUAAGAAAUUAAAAUGUUUUUGAUGGAAAUCUUUUCCUGGAGGUAAUGAGGGUGAUUUUGGCCAUGGGUAGGUCUUUAUAUAUUUUACUAAUCACAAAAUUAAAUAUAUAGGAUCCAGUUUAGCUUUUUUUUUUUUAAAUUCUGAGCCAUUAUUAUGACCAUAAUGUUACAAUAACCCAUAUUUGUAGAGAUUUUUAUGAUUUAGAAGGACUCUCUUAAUGGUUUGUAAAGAAUUUUCUUUUUUUUUUUUGAGACAGAGUCUCAUUAUGUUGCCUUCUGUAGAGUGCUGUGGUGUCACAGCUCACAGCAACCUCAAACUCUUGGGUGUAAGCAAUUCUCUUGCCUCAGCCUCCCAAGUAGCUGGGACUACAGGUGCCCGCCACAACGCCUGGCUACUUUUUUGUUGUAGUUGUCAUUGUUUGGCAGGCCUGGGCUGGGUUUGAGCCUGCCGGCCCUGGUGUAUGUGGCCGGCGCCUUAGCCACUGAGCUAUGGGUGCCAAGCCUGUAAAGAAUUCUCUUGUAUAUUAUAUCACUUAAUAGUAUAACAACUUUGUGGUAUAAAGAUUCAACGGAAAAAAUUGAUAUUCAGAGAGGCUCCAAGCACAGGAACCAUCAUUAACUAGACAAUGGCAGAAUCCUAAGCCCAGUAUUUUUUCCUGCUUCAGAGUUUGUGGUAUGCAGUUAAAUAAUGAUGUUCUUAGGGGUUACGGAGGUAUGGAGGGCCGUUUGACUCUUCACUAAAUGUUCUGUCCUUUUUGCUUUUGUAUUUUGUGCCUACGUGUUUUAUAGGGAGAGGGUCUUUCCCCUUGCUUUUGUCGUCAGACUCCGGUGGUUGUGUUUCCUUAUAGCAGCUAAUACUUGUAUCCUCUAUCCCAGCAGUUCUCAACCUGUAUUAAAGGGCCGCGGCAUUAGGGAGGUUGAGAACCACUGCUCUAUCACAAUCUUUUCUUCUAAAUUAUUGCUUCUAAUCUGCUGUGAGCUGAGAGACAGAUAAGACAGUUUAUCAGACCGUGGCAUAAAAUCAGUCAUGGGUCCUGGGAUCUGUUCUGUAAUCCAUGAAGUUCUGCAUGGAUGCAUUAACACUUGGAUACCAUGACAGCUGUUAUGACUUGAAGGACAUUAAGGAUUUGCUUAUGUGUGUGUAAAAUGGGUUUUGUGUUCUUGUUGACACUGAUUUCAAGAUUAAGUGAGAAGACAAACCAUAAUUGCUGCCUUAUGGUAAGUGUUCUCAUAAAUAGCAGGAGUAAAGAUUAGGCAAGGAAUAUAGGUCUUAUGUCAGUUUUUGGAGACUUUCAACAUCAGAUAAUUUUUAAUGGAGACGUGUUACUUUCUUGUACCCACAGAUAAUUAGAGGAGAUGUCAAAUAGUUUUAGAAGUUCAGUAUUUUUUUGAAGUCACUUUAAAAUCUUGACAAAUAGGGCAGCGCCUAUGGCUCAGUGGGUAAGGCGCCGGCCCCAUAUACCGAGGGUGGCAGGUUCACACCUGGCCCCACCCAAACUACAACAAAAAAUAGCCGGGUGUUGGGACAGGCGCUUGUAGUCCCAGCUACUCGGGAGGCUGAGGCAAGAGAAUCGCCUAAGCCCGGGAAUUGGAGGUUGCUGUGAGCUGUGUGACACCACAGCACACUAGCGAGGGCAGUAAAGUGAGACUCUUUCUCUUAAAAAAAAAUAAAAUAAAAUCUUGAAAAAUAUUGUACAUAUUUCUUCAUAUAAAUACAAGUUAAUAGGAGUAGUGUGUAAUAGAUAGGAAUGAAAGAAACUCUGAAGAAAAUACACCCCUUUGGAGGCGGCGCCUGUGGCUCAGUUGGUAAGGCGCCAGCCCCAUAUACCGAGGGUGGCGGGUUCAAACCCGGCCCCAGCUGAACUGCAACCAGAAAGAAAAAAAAGAAACUAUACCCCUUUGAUCAUAAAAAAUAAACCUGACAAAUCCUAUUUACUUUUCUUCCAGAUCCGACGAAUCCUGAAAGGAAAGUCCAUUCAGCAGAGAGCUCCACCAUAUUAGCUCCAUUAACCUGGAGCCUUGUGAGCAACACUCACUGUCAGUUAGGCAGUCCUGAUGUUAUCUGUACAUAGACCAUUUGCCCUGUAUUGGCAAAUGUAAGUUGUUUCUAUGAAACAAACAUAUUUAGUUCACUAUUAUAUAGUGGGUUAUAUUAAAA